AUGUCGGCCAAGAGUGUUAAGAGUGCAGGUGGGAAGAAACCCGCCAGUGCAGCCACCAACUUGAUCGCCGGUGGUGGUGCUGGAAUGAUGGAAGCCCUCGUGUGUCAUCCUCUCGAUACCAUCAAAGUGCGGAUGCAGCUGUCGAGACGUGGCCGAGCCCCCGGUACCAAAAAGAGAGGCUUCUACCAGACGGGAAAGGACAUCGUCAAACGGGAAACUGCUUUUGGCUUGUACAAAGGUCUGGGAGCAGUGCUGAGUGGCAUCGUUCCUAAGAUGGCUAUUCGAUUUACAUCGUACGAGUGGUAUAAACAAGCACUGGCAAAUGAAGAUGGCAUUGUUACGUCAAGAGCGACAUUCCUCGCUGGAUUGGGUGCUGGUGUUACCGAAGCCGUGGCUGUAGUGACGCCGAUGGAGGUGGUCAAGAUUCGAAUGCAGGCUCAAUACCACAGUCUAUCCGACCCCCUCGACAUCCCCAAGUACCGAAGCGCACCACAUGCGGCCCUGACCGUCAUAAGAGAAGAAGGAUUAGGUGCCUUGUACCGCGGAGUGUCUCUGACGGCUCUGAGACAGGGAACAAACCAAGCAGUCAACUUCACUGCGUAUACAGAGUUCAAAGAGAUUCUACAGAGAUGGCAGCCUCAAUAUGAGGGCAAGAACCUCCCUGCAUAUCAAACCACCUUGAUCGGCCUCAUUUCGGGUGCAAUGGGCCCAUUUUCCAAUGCUCCCAUUGAUACUAUCAAGACCCGACUACAGAAGACACCGGCGGAACCAGGCCAAUCAGCCAUACAGCGCAUUACCGCGAUAUCAAGCGACAUGUUCAAACAAGAAGGACCUCGCGCCUUUUACAAGGGUAUCACACCCAGAGUGAUGCGAGUGGCACCGGGCCAGGCUGUCACGUUUACCGUUUAUGAAUUCCUCAAGAAGAGGUUGGAGGACAGCAGUCUACCGUUCACGGGAGGGAAGUAUGAGGAAUAG